CGAUGGUAUGUCAUUUAGGAAUUCGGGUAUCGUUAUCGACAUUUCUGGUACGUUUUUUCUUGCCGAAUUUACCACGAUAAAUCAGUCGAAAAUUGUACGGUCAAGGAAAUGUUUCGAGUGAGGCUUUUCGUGUUUUUGGCUGGACUCAGUAUCGUCAGCGGACAGCACAGUUCCUGCUUCACCUGCAUCGGUAAGGGCCUAGACGCCUGCGCCCUCAACACCAACCGACGCGUGGAACAGUGCCGUCCCGGCGCCCUAGGCUGCGCCAUAGCCGCCGGUACCCUGCCGAACAAGAGGGACGUCGUAACGGUAGAACGGACGUGCCUGUACGUCGAUCACCAACAGUACUGCCGCAAGAUCAAGACGAUGGUGGGGACGCAGAACGAGCAGGAUUACUACUGCUGGACCUGCAGGUCGGAUAGGUGCAACAGCAACAACCUGACGUCGAUCGUCAACAGGCUGCAGCCAGGACCGGUUACAGUGGAUAAUUAUCCGGAUAAUCCGACGGCCAACCCUUGCAGAAAAUGAGACGAUCACAGAAUUUGAGAAUAAAGAUUGCUCAGUUGGA